UGGUGGAUAGAGGUUUGUGUUGCUCUUGGAGAGCGAUACAACAAAACAACCAGGCGUAUUUUUGAAAUGCACAAACCUACAAUAAGUAUUUGUCAAAAUGGAUAGCAACAUUAGGCAACUAUUAAGUGCAUCGCAGAUAUAUGGUGUUGAGGGAGAAGAUUCCUUUCUACAUCAAGCAUUCGAGCAACUGAAAGCAGCAUCUGAUAGACGGCCUUCAAGUGAUGGUCCGGAGCCUUGCGGUCAAGAUCUCUAUGUUCAGUGUGCAGAAAUAGCUUUACAGUAUGGGUUGACUGACAUGACAAAGGCUUGUCUCAGCAUGUACCUGCACCGUACACCACCUUCCAAUCAGUUCCUUUGUAGGGCUUAUCUCUGCCACGCACAGCUGCUUGCCCCGAAAUCAGCGGAAGAGAUCAGUCAGUUGGAUAAGGCUGUAGUUUAUAUUUUGAAAGCCAUCCAGUUUGCUAAGGAGAAUGCAAGGUAUAAUUUUCUUGUAUUCAAUGCAUCAGUCCUGUAUUGGCAGUUCUGUCGACCAUUCCUGAAGCCCAACUAUCGGCAGCAUCUAUCGAUCAGUCUGCACAGUGUAGUGAAGGCUCUGGAUGAUAUUGAUGACAAGGACUAUGAGUGGAGAGCUCAGCUAAUGUUAGCUCUCAUUGAGUGUCAUGUUGAUGCUGGCAGAAGUAAAGAGGCUGCCGAAGUCAGCAAAGCUGCAGCGGAGUUCACAAAGGCCAAUGUGCCUAAGCUAUACAAGCAAGUCCUGCAGUUACAGGUCCAACAUAACUUGGUUGAAAGCAACAAACUGGCCAAGGAAAUCAAAUCAAACGGAGACCUUACAGGGUACUAUAAACUAGCCAGAAUGAGACUAUCACUUGAACAGAAUGAUGUGCCGGAUAUAAAAAGUAGUUUAGAACGUCUACUCAAUCAGUUCCUUCAAGAAGAUGAUGACAUUACUGCUAACUCCAGGGCAUCUAGCGUUAUGUCAACAUUUGGACGCAAAACGCCUCAGGCCGCAAUUCCGCAAACUCCAACAAUAGAAGAAAGUAAAAGUAAGCCCCCAACAACAAUAGGUAAUCAAGGCAGUAAAGGUAGUUUUGCCUCACUGGUAACAAGUCUAGUAAGAGGAAGCACAACAUCCAGCGACGUGAAAUCUGCUGUCUCUAAGUGGAAAAACACACCAAGUACAGUUCCGCUUACCAAGAAAGAGAAGCCUCUAUUAUUAAUUGAAUUAUGUAGACUCUGUUUGGAACAGGAUCAGGCUGAUUUAGCCAGCCAGGCUAUCCAGGCCAUCAAAACAUGCCCAAUCAAGGAGACUGGUCUUUUACUUGAGCUGGAGUUCCUUGAAGCGGAGCUCAUAGUUCGUAACCUAGGCGACAAACAAGAAAUUUACAGCAAGAGCUCUGUUGAGGUUCGCUUGCAGUGUAUUCAUAGGCUGAAUGAGGCUCUUCAAACUGCUAUCAGGCUUGGCGAUCCAAAUGUCUUACAAGUUGGUUGUUCAACAAUGUGGAACGUCUGCUUACCUCUGCUACAACCAAAUCUCAGACACCAUGUCAGGAAACCGCUAACAGUUAUUGCCGAAGCAUUAGAGAAUAUUGACAGUUUGUUGAUACUCUUACGAUGCCAAAUUCACACAGAAUUAGCACGGUGUGAAGAAGAUGUAGAACAAGUUGAAAUUGCUAUGUCGCAUCUGAAGAAGGCUCUUGCAUUAGAUGAUGGUGGCCAUUACAAUGAGCGGCUACAGCAUGCCCUACAAAGGCUAAGCCUUCGAGCUGAAUUAUACCAGCAACCUGAAAGAAUGGAAGACCAGGCAGCAAUGAUCAUUGAGCAGGCCCGUACUAGUGCUGAAUCUGGCAGCAUCCGAAUGAAGCGUUCGCUGCUAGUGAGAGCAGGCCAGGCGCUAUCACCGGACGCCUUUUUACAUGUACUGGAUAGUGAAAGUGACACUAAAGCUGCGGCAGGAACAGGGCGUGGGUAUCAAGGAAUUUUAAGCGAGUUUGGAUCCAAGGCCAAGAAUUUCAACAAGUGUGUACGCAAGCUUGAAGGUCACCUGAAGAGACUCGGCAACGAAAAUGACAGAGAGAGAGCAAGACUGUGGGCUGACAUUGCCAAGACGGCACGUAAACAAGAAGUGUGGGACGUUUGUCGAAUCGCUGCUCGUUAUUGCCUUCUUUAUGAUGAUGAUCGAUGGCAUAUGGCACGCCCUCAAACUGUAUCACAUUUAGAGACACACAGUGAAAGUGUUGGAAGGGAAUCUGUAAAUGAGACGCCAACCGGACAACGUAAAAGAACCGGAACGGCAGAACAACCUAGUACAGGGCUAAACACUCCGCAUAGUGACAAGGAUCUGAUAAGAAUGCUAGCUGAGAUCUACUUCUUAAAUGCUGAGGCAUUGAUUCAUCUCCUUCGUUCUGAGGGAGUAAAACUGAAUACGAAACCGAUCCCACCAGAAGAUAAGCGCAAGCAUCCAAAAGGUUAUGUAUCUAAGAAGCCAGAGGAGGAUGAGGAUUGGAUAACAUACAGUGAAUGGAUUGCCUCGUUAUCUCAGUCGGCCACCCAGUGCUUUUUGCGUGCAGCUGAGCUCGGUUGUGCCCUCGGUGAAUCCUGGAUCGUCUGCAAUGCAGCAGCCUAUCUGUGGAACUACAACAAUCAUCUGCUGAUGGAUGGAAGACAUAGAGAACUUAUUGAACCGUUCAAUAAGUUACUGAAAGCAAUGAAGCAAGUAGGACAUGCUAGAGAAACAUGCCUUCUUGUGAACCUAUGCAAUGCUCUUGCAAUUGGCCUAAUGAAGCAAUGGAUCCCGGUGCAGCCUAAAGACCGACCCAUUGAAACACCGCAGAAGGCUGGUAAAGAGAAAGAUGAGAAAACACCAAAGGCUAAAAGUGUGGCAAGCCAUGCUAGUGCAAAGAGUAAGAUUUUGCUGGUGGAUGCUGAGGCUCAAGAUGACCUCAAGAAGGCCCUUGAGGUGUGUGACUAUGCACUAGAGGUGACCAAUGGUAACAAGCCCUUGGACGUUGUUCCCAUCAGUGUGCGACAUCAUCUUAUUAACACAUGGGUGCAAACAAAACAGCUUUUGCUUCAACAAAUCAACAAAGGACUUGGAACAGAAGAUGAGGGCAAUAGCAAUGGACAGCGACCGAUGACAAGAUGCCUUGUUGCUCUGGAAAUGCAUUCUUUGAGCAGUAAUGGCAUUCUGGAAUUCAAGGAACAACCCUCACUUACUGAGCUUGCUAAUCUGGUAGAACAGUGUAAAUGGUCUGAGCCAUUGGUUGAGUUACAAGUUUGGGUCCGUCUCUCAGAAAUGGCGUACAAGACCUGCAAUCAUCAACUCGUCUUAAAAUCUACCAGCAUGGCGCUUAGAUUUGAUGAUAAUAUGUAUGCUAGCAAAGUCAAGAAGUUAGAUAAGCACAAGUACACAGUUUGGCAAGAAAUGCUGAGCUUUGCGAGCUGCGUUCUUGGCAAGAGUCUCAUCAACAAUAUGCACGGGAAGAAUGUCAUACGAAGGUCUGCCCUGGAAGCAUUUCUUAAUGCUACUAGGUAUGGACGACGUGCAGAUAACUACAUGCAGGUAAUAAGUUCAGCAAGAUAUUACUGGAACACUUGCUUACCAUUGGUUUGUGAAGUUAUUGAAAGGCAGCUUUUGAUGGAGCCACUGAACAUAAUAUUAGACUGCAUCACUGCCACCUACUGCAAUCAAGCUGGAAAAGGGAUUGUCGGCCGACGAAUCCAACCCCACUUCCUGUGAGCGCUAGCAUGAGCAAGUGGCAGUCUGUAUAGAUGGCAUUAAAGACGAUCAGUUGCAUUUGUAUCGUGGCAUUGCAUCCUUCGCAGAAUGAUGUCAGCAGACGAUUGUUGAGCGCAGUGAGUGUCCUGCU